UCAAAAAUUAUGGCAGAUGAUUUAGAAAAUAUUGUUUUGAUUUUCUUUAAUUUCUACUCUACAAAUUAUUUUUUAAAAGCACACGAUAUGGGAUGAGUUUUUGUGAAAGACACGCAAAGAGAAGAUUCGGGAAUUAUGUGGACGGUGCUAUGAGAUAACAAGUUUCAUAAGGAAGGUGAAGGUCAGAUCUGAGCUGAUCUGAGUGAACUUGGAAAUGUGAGAAUCGAUAGAUUUGAACGGCAGAACCUAAAAAAAUGUUUUCAUCACGAUUUAUUUCGUUUUUAGUCAAAAAUCGUUUCAAAAUUUCGUCGUGUAUGUCGUCAUUUCGAAAAGCGACGGCAAAAGACCAUAAAAGUCGUGAGACGAAAGAAUAAACCCACCUGUCAGAGCGAGAAAUUCAUCAGGGUUUCACCAGGGUAUACCUGCCGGCGUUUGUCAACAUAAAUGAUUUAAUUGCUUUGUCAUCCAUGGGUAAAUUCCUUUUCGAAUGCCUCCACGAGAGCGAUCGCCGAUUACUGGAACGAAAAUAUGGGAAAUGGGCCUUUUUUCUUGACAAGAGCGUACUUGGCGAUAGUAACAAUUUCGAGUGUUUACUGGGGUUCGUGGGGAAGGCCGCAGUUUGACGCCAGUUGGAACAAUACGAGAGAUUGGAAGAGGGAAUUGGCCGAUAAGGAAGGUUACUUUACCAACACUUGGGCCGUAGAAAUUGACCCUGCAGAAGAACACGUGGUCGCAGCGAUCGCAAAAAGACAUGGUUUUUCUGUCAUAGGAAAGAUUGGAGAUCUUCCUGGUCACUAUCAUCUUAGACACGAUGAAGUGGAUGAACUUAAUAAAGAGCACAACAGAGACAAAACUGAUAGGUUAUUACUUGAGAAAGAGGUGAAAUGGGCAGAACAGCAAAAGAUUCUUCACAGAAUUAAACGUGAUGGAAUACCUACAGAUCCAAAGUUUAGGGAAAUGUGGUAUUUGCUCAAUGAAGGUCAGACAGGGGGACCUGUUGGAGUGGAUAUCAAUGUCCUUCCAGUCUGGAAGAAAGGCUACACUGGCAAAGGAAUUGUGGUGUCUAUUUUAGAUGAUGGUGUUGAUCAUACUCACCCAGAUUUGGCAGCAAAUUACGAUCCAAAAGCUAGCCAUGAUUUCAACGAUAAUGACAAUGAGCCUAGACCACGAGAUACUGAUCCUGACAAUUGCCAUGGAACCCGAUGUGCGGGAGAAGUUGCAGCUUUAGCAAACAACACCAUUUGUGGAGCGGGAGUAGCGUAUCAUGCUCAUGUAGGAGGCGUUCGCAUGUUAGACGGUAAAGCCACAGAUGCGUUAGAGGCGAGUUCGCUGGGAUUUCAACUUCAAUAUGUGGACAUAUUUAGUAACUGUUGGGGACCAAAGGAUGAUGGGAAAACUUUCGGGAAGCCGGGUCCUUUGGCGGCUAAGGCGCUGAAAAGAGGAGCUGAAAUGGGUCGUGGUGGUAAAGGUAACAUCUACGUGUGGGCGACUGGCAAUGGUGGUCUUACAGAUGAUGACUGCAACUGUGAUGGCUACACUACCAGUAUAUACACGGUGUCUAUCGGCUGUAUUGGUGAUCAUGGCCUAUCUGCUUACUAUACUGAGCUCUGCUCAUCUACUUUAGCAGUCACAUUUAACGGAGGAGCCCACAGAGAGCGAGAAGAAAACAAAAUGAUAACUACAGACCUCCAUCACCAAUGUACAGAACAGUUUAAAGGGACUUCAUCAGCCGCCCCUUUAGCAGCAGGAAUGAUAGCUCUUGCGUUGGAAGCAAAUAACAAACUGACUUGGAGAGACAUGCAACACAUCAUUGUAAGAACAGCCAAAUUAACGAGUCCCGUGGAUGACGGAUGGCGGACAAAUGGAGCAGGGUUUCAUUUCAAUCACAAGUUUGGUUUUGGUCGCUUGGAUGCUGAUGCUAUGGUAGAAAUGGCGAAAGCAUGGACCGCAGUACCUGCCCAGCGGAUUUGCACUGGAGCAGCUAGUAUAGAAGAAAGGGACAUCCCUUCAGGUGGUGCGCUGGAGCUGUCUAUACCCACUAAAGCAUGCGCAGGGACUAUUGCCGAGAUAAACAAACUUGAGCACGUGGUACUCACCAUCAGCUUCAUUCAUCGGCGCCGUGGUGACGUCAGCAUUCUACUGAUGUCACCAUCAGGGACCAAGAAUGAAAUGCUUUCUACACGACAUUAUGACGACUCCAAGGAAGGUCUUGAUAACUGGGGCUUUAUGACCGUUCACUGCUGGGGUGAAAAUCCUCGGGGUUUCUGGCAGCUGAAGCUCAUUGAUAAUCCGUUGAACGAGAUUGGGGACCGCGUGUUGAACGGUUACGGUACUCUACACCUGGACACGAGCAAACAAGAUACUGAUGUAGAGGAUUUAGAGGAACAAGUUAUUGACGAUCAAACCAAGCAGCAGCAAACUCGCGUUCAGCAGCUGAAAAUGCAGGACUCCCAUAUUGAUUUUCCAUAUCCCCCGGGAGUCAGGCGAGACGAAGUGCGGCACCAGAACAGCUCGGAAAUGAGUGAACAAAGCGUCAUAGACGAUCUCUAUAACCUCACUGAAAGCGAUGUGGCUAGCGCCACAGAGUACGUUUACGAUCGAAGCCGAAUUGCUUACCCCAAGGGAUCGGGAAGCGGGGAUUUUUCUGGCAACGACGAAGGUUUCCCAGACCCUGGGAUUGACUCAAAUUCCCAGGAAUCGGGAAGUGGCCGAGAGCCUGAAGCUUAUGUUAGCGAGGGAAUUCCCUUGGAAGAGAUACCCGACGAAGAAAUGGACGCCGAGGAUCGAGACCACAUUUCAUAUCCCUCGGAUUCCGGCGGGACAUCCCUUGAUGAUUUCCCCGAUGAUGAGGACUUUAUCGAUGAAGACAUCGCUGAUGAUAACAACGGUUUUAAAGAAACUCUCCGAGAAGCACCAUCUGUUGUUAAGAAUUUGAAAUCUAGAGGUAGAAAAAGGCACUCGAAGACGACCUUCGCAAAGAAAAGUGUCGUAAUGAACAAUAAUUCUAAGACAUUAAAGAAAAAGGUCCAAGUUGCGGCUGAGGAGACCGCUACCCAGCGUGUUCAAGUAAACGCGGGCUACGAAAAUCCUGAGAUUCCUUGUCUGGGCAACGGCUGUUCUGGGGUUCUGUUAAAAUGGGUGCUCACGUUUUAUGGUACUGAAAAUUAAACACAAAUAGUAUAGUGAAUUUUUAUCAAUUUAUCUGUUUUAUAAUUCAUUCGAACAGGAAAAUCACCACUAGGAACCCCAACUGUAUGGGAGUUUUGCUAAAUUUUGGUAAGCGGCUUGGAUAGGGCGUGCCAUAAAAUUAGACCCUGAAUGACGAAUUGGCUGAGCCAUGUAUUUGAUUUAGGAAUUUUUUCAAAUUGAUAGGCGCUCCUUCAGAGAGAGUUUCCUACUUCAAGCCGAUUAUCAAAGUUUCGAAAACCUUCGUUUGCCUCGGGGGGAACUCUGCUUUAGAAACUGAAAAACGUGGUUUUAUACCCAUUCUUUUCUCUUGUUCUCCACACAGUGAAUUGUCGAAUGUUUUUUUUGACAAGUUUUGUACUGUACUGGCAAAAAUAUCGAUACCCCAUUCACACCAAAGUUUAAACAUGUUUUAAAGCUGUUUUGUUAAACGCAAUUUUAAAUUAUUUUCUUCUUAGAAGCAGCUUAAAUCGAUGUUUAUCACUUCAAAUUUAGCAUAUUGAAAAUACAAGUUAGUGACUACUUGAACCCUAUGGGUACCUUAGUUUUUCAGUUCUCUGUCUCUGAUAUUAAUUCAGUUAAACCUCUUUUACCUAGACGUUGGUGUAAAUGGGGUACGAGUCUUAAAGAAAUCAAAUCAAGUGUAAACUGUAUGUUGUUUAUUUCACAGAAAAAGCGCGUAGCGACUUCAUACACUCGGGUAUAAUACCCCCUUAAGGAAAGAAAACGUAAACUAAGUUGCAUCCUUGACCAUGAAGGUCCCUCUAAAACACUCAACUUCUAUCUCUUAUUAGACAUUAAUUCCUGACGUUUUCUGUGAUAUUUCAUCGUUGUGACAUAAAGUAGGUAGCCAGUUAGUGAGACUGGUAACCUACCUCAAUCAAUGUAUGAUAGAGUAAGUGAAUACAGUUUAAUAUGAUUGGUUACUAUCGUUUCCAUAGUGUAUCCAUCCCAUUUCCUUACCUAUAGCUGGUAAUUUUUUUGCAGUGAGUGUUGCAUUAAACAAAGUUGUUUUUAAGGGG